AUGCUAGCCCUUGCUCUCGAUUCCACCAGACAACGGCAGACUUCCUACGUCCCACAGCUCGCAAUGGACUCCACGUUGGUCGACCCGUUCGCCUUCCCAAUGGAAGGCAUGUGUGAUUAUGGGCAGACGCACGAUUCCUCCGUCGCAUUGCAACCACCCUAUUAUGACACUCCUGCCAUGUACUCGGACGCUUUCGCUCCUCUCCCCAAGACCUCCAGCUUCCCUGCAAUGCCCGUCACACCUCCUUCUCUUCCUCUUUCCGCCGAUCACUUCAUUCCUGGUCUCUCUACCGCUUCAGGACCUUCUAUCCCGAGUGCCUCAUCGUCCGCCAUGGGGUCACCCCACUCAGGAACAGCACAUUUCAUCCAAGAGGAGUGGAUCCAGACCACGAACGGUCUGGGACUCGCCGACGCCCUCAUGGGCGACUUCUUUCCCAAUGAGUAUGUCAGCGGCGUGACGGACACGGAUGAUUUCUAUCAGAAGAAGUGGAUUGAGAAUUGUGUCGAUCCUUCAGUAAUUCAGCCCAACUCCCAGCAAUGUCAUCUUUCACCACCCGCCAUCUCUUUUUCAGAGGCCUCCGAAUUCAUGAUCGCACAGGACAGCUUCUUCCCCCAAUCUCCCAAUCCAUCUCACUACCAGCUUGCAGAGCCCUAUUCCACUACACAACCCUUUCCCCACCAGCAAGCUGAGUUCUCAGCUGCUUCUCCCGUUUCCACCGUUUCUCGUUCACUUCCCGUCUCCGCAUAUCAGCGAAGACCAUCCGUGGCUUCGGUCCGGUCUCGCCUGUCUCAGUCCAGCCCGGCGUCGAGCAGCCUCGACUCCGAUGAUGAAACCAAGGAAAAGGGCCGAUGCCCUCAUCCCGACUGUGGACGAUUGUUCAAGGACCUCAAGGCCCACAUGCUUACUCACCAGUCCGAGAGACCUGAGAAAUGCCCAAUUGCAACUUGCGAGUACCACAUCAAGGGGUUCGCACGCAAGUACGACAAGAAUCGGCAUACACUCACCCAUUACAAGGGAACGAUGGUGUGCGGAUUCUGUCCGGGAUCUGGGUCGCCCGCUGAGAAGAGUUUCAACCGGGCGGACGUCUUCAAGCGUCAUCUGACUUCAGUGCAUGGUGUUGAGCAAACGCCACCCAACUGCCGCAAGCGAACCCCCGUGGCUUCCAUCGCCAAGAAUGUGUCUGGUCAUAGUCAAGAGGCUACUGGCAAGUGUUCUACGUGUUCCAUCACCUUCAGCAAUGCACAAGACUUCUACGAGCAUCUGGAUGACUGUGUGCUACGCGUGGUGCAACAAGAAGAGCCUAGCGAAGCCAUCAACCAGCAGCGCCUUGCCGAAGUCGACUCGGACGAGGAGGUGAAGAAGACUAUGGAGAAACACAUGCUACUCGACACGGCUGGUACCGUGGAUCGAUUCAGCGACGAAAAUGACGACGAUGACGAAGACUUCUACGAAAGCCCCAACCAGCGGUUGGCUAAGAACUUCCUGAAGGUUCCUCGGGGUAAUUCCACCGCUCGCGUUAUCCUGGGCAGCGGCAAUGCCGUCACUAAACCCUCAGCCAACAACAAGAUGCGUGCGACGGCGACCAAGCGGCGGAACAACCGUGACCGGUACCCUCAGUCGUGGGGAUGCCCCAGCAGCAGCAUCAAGACCAAGAAGCGCGUGCUUUGUGUCUUUGAUGGUCAGCGUCGUCUAUGGAAGGAUGAGAUGAUGCUUGACAACGAGUUCGAAGUCCGGCUCAAGCUCCCAGGUGGCGCCGGAGAUGGUACCAACCGGGAGGCAUACGUGACCGAUCUGGAUGUUGAGACUUUGAAGCGUGCCGAAGGCGUGCUGAGUGCCAACGACGAAGAACGUGGGCCGUGGCUCAGCGGCCCAACCACGCAGAUGAUCGGUCGGCCAGCCGUCCCACUACCCGACGUCGCUUAUUCGCAUGAGAACCUCGACGAGCUGAUGGCCUAA